AUGCCCAAGAUCACCCUGAAUGGUGUCACAGUGGAUUUCCCAUUCCAGCCGUACAGGUGCCAGCAGGAGUACAUGGCCAAGGUCCUGGAGUGCCUGCAAAAGAAGGUGAACGGCAUUCUGGAGAGCCCCACGGGCACGGGGAAGACGCUCUGCCUGCUCUGCACCACGCUGGCCUGGCGGGAGCACCUCCGAGAUGCCAUCUCUGCUCGCAAGAUCGCAGAGAGGAUGCAAGGAGAGCAGUUCCUCAACCAGACCUUGUCGUCUUGGGAGAGUGCGGCUGACACUGGAGACACCCCAGCUUGCUACGUGGAUAUCCCAAAGAUCAUUUACGCCUCCAGGACACACUCACAGCUCACGCAGGUCAUCAGCGAGCUUCGGAACACGGCCUAUCGGCCGCGCGUGUGUGUGUUGGGUUCCCGGGAGCAGCUGUGUAUUCACCCUGAAGUGAAGAAGCAGGAGAGUAACCACAUGCAGAUCCAUCUGUGCCGAAGAAAGGUGGCGAGCCGCUCCUGCCAUUACUACAAUAAUGUCGAAGAGAAGAGUCUGGAAAAGGAGCUGGUCACCCCCAUCCUGGACAUCGAGGACCUGGUCAAGAGUGGAAGCAGGCACAAGGUGUGCCCAUAUUACCUUUCCCGGAACCUGAAGCAGCAAGCCGACAUCAUCUUUAUGCCGUACAACUACUUGUUGGACCCCAAGAGCCGCAGAGCACACAGCAUUGACCUGAAGGGGACAGUGGUGAUCUUUGAUGAAGCUCACAACGUGGAGAAGAUGUGUGAGGAGUCGGCAUCCUUCGACCUGACCCCCCAUGACUUGGCUUCUGGGCUGGAUGUCAUAGACCAGGUCCUGCAGGAGCAAACCAAGGCCGCACAGCAGCGUGAACUCUACCUGGAGCCUGACGUGGGCAUGGGUGGCUCCGGGCUGAACAUGGAACUUGAAGACAUCGCCAAGCUGAAGAUGAUUUUGCUUCGCUUGGAAGGAGCCAUUGAUGCCAUCGAGCUGCCAGGAGACAGUGGUGUCACCAAGCCGGGGAGCUACAUCUUCCAGCUGUUUGCCGAAGCUCAGAUCACAUUUCAGACAAAGAGUUGCAUCCUGGACUCACUGGAUCAGGUCAUCCAGCACCUGGCGGGCCGUGCCGGGGUGUUCACCAGCACAGUGGGCCUGCAGAAACUGGCAGACACCAUCCAGAUGGUGUUCAGCACAGAUGCUCCUGAUGCCACCCCUGACUCCAUGAUGGGGCAGGGGCCUUCCAAGUUCUACAAGGUACACAUUCACCCUGACACCAGCCAGCGCAGGAGAGGGCAGAGGGCAGACGUCUGGGGUGCUGCUGCUGCCAAGAAGCAAGGGAAGGUGUUGAGCUACUGGUGUUUCAGCCCCGGGCACAGCAUGCGUGAGCUUAUGUACCAGGGUGUCCGCUCGCUCAUCCUCACCAGCGGCACACUCUCCCCCAUGUCAUCCCUGGCUCUGGAGAUGCAGAUCCCUUUCCCGGUAUGCCUGGAGAAUCCCCAUGUCAUUGACAAGCACCAGAUCUGGGUGGGAAUCAUUCCAAAAGGCCCCGAUGGGGUUCAGCUGAGCUCUGCAUUUGACAGACGGUUUUCUGAGGAGUGCCUCUCCUCACUAGGGAAGGCUGUCGGCAACGUCGCCCGCGUGGUACCUCAUGGUUUGCUGGUCUUCUUUCCUUCUUACCCCGUCAUGGAGAAAAGUCUGGAGUUCUGGCGGGCCCGAGACUUCGCCCGGCGGAUUGAGGAGAUAAAGCCAAUGUUUGUGGAGCCCAGGAGCAAAGGCGGCUUCUCUGAGGUCAUGGAUGCUUACUACACCAAGGUCGGCAGUCCAGGGUCGGGCGGGGCCACCUUCCUGGCUGUGUGCCGAGGGAAGGCUAGUGAGGGGCUGGAUUUCGCAGACAUGAAUGGCCGGGGAGUGGUCAUCACGGGCCUCCCAUACCCCCCACGCAUGGACCCUCGGGUUGUCCUCAAGAUGCAGUUCUUGGAUGAGAUGAGGGGCCAGAGUGGAGCCAGGGGUCAGUUCCUCUCUGGACAAGAGUGGUACCGGCAGCAGGCGUCCAGGGCCGUGAACCAGGCCAUCGGGCGGGUAAUCCGCCAUCGUCAGGACUAUGGGGCCAUAUUCCUCUGUGACCACAGGUUUGCCCAUGCCGAUGCCAGAGCCCAGCUCCCGUCCUGGGUACGUCCGUUUGUCCAAGUGUACGAUAGCUUCGGCCCUGUCAUCCGUGAUGUGGCCCAGUUCUUCCGUGUAGCUCAGAGGACGAUGCCUGCUCCCACCCCCCGUGCUGUGGCUCCAGGACCCCCCCUGGGAGUGGGUGCUACCACGGGGGCUGCACUGCCCAGCCCCCUGCUUCCAACCAGGAGUGCCAGGAGUCUGGACCUGCAUGUGCCCAGCCUGCAGCAGAGGCCUGUGUGCUCGCCGGCCUCUGGGGACACUGAGAACAGUAUGUGUCUGGAGUAUGAACAGGAACUGGCAUUAGCCUGGAGGAGACCCCAGGGGCUGCUGGCUGCUUUGGAGCACAGUGAGCAGCAGGCCAAGGGGCUUAGGGAUGAGACCCUCCCCGGGGAGCAAGAGGCACAGUGCUUCUCCACCCUGGGCCUGAGGCAGGAGAAGAGGCUGGUGGAUGAGCAGAGACGGUGUAGGAAGAGGAUCAAGCUCGUCAGUGGUCCCAACCACUCACAGGAGGUGGCAUGCGGUGAACAGGUGGACAGAGCCAAGCUCUUCAUGGCAGCCUUGAAGCAGGCCCUGAGCCAGGCCAACUUUGACGUCUUCACCCGGGCCCUGAGGGACUAUAAGGGUUCCGACGACCUUGACAACUUUACUGCCUGCCUCGGUCCCCUCUUUGUUGAGGACCCCAAAAAGCACAGCCUGCUCCAAGGGCUCUACCAGUUUGUGCGGCCCCACCACAAGCAACGGUUUGAGGAGGCCUGCCUCCGGCUGACGGGGCAGGGCUGCGGCUCCCGGCUAGAGCACAGCCUUCCUCAAGGGCAGCUGGCCCCCAACCCCAGCGGAAGCCGGGAGCCUGACCCCAAGUUGACUGUCUCCGAGGGUGCCGUCCAGCAGCUGGACCCUAGGGCACACCUGAACCAGGGUGGGCCCCACCUGGCUACAGGUACCUGUCGGCAGGAAGAUGGCCACCUGAGAACAGGUCCGCAGAGCCGGCCUACUGUGACCUCCUAUCUAGCGGACGUCCGAAAGGCCCUUGGGUCUGAAGGCUGCAGCCAGCUCUUGGCAGCACUGACCACGUACAAGAAGGAUGACAACUAUGAGAAGGUGGUGACCGUGGUGGCUGCACUCACCACCGCCAGACCUGAGGACUUCCCGUUGCUCCAGAGAUUUGGCAUGUUCGUGCGCCCGCACCAUCAGCGGCAGUUUCAGCAGAUGUGCGCAGACCUGACAGGCCAGCCUGCCCCAGGCCUGGGCACUGGACCCCCAGGAGCCUGGGAUGCCAGCCCUGCUGGGCCUACUGGCCUUGAGCUCGCCCAUGAGGCCAGGGCGCCGGCCAGAUCGGACCCCCUGUGGGACAGGUCAAGGGAGCAGGCCUAUGCAAAGGUCCCUGUGCCCCCACAACCCAGUGCAGGGGGUUCCGUGUGCUGUGGCUGUGGGGAUGACCAGGUGCUGUUCCAGUGUGCCACCUGCGACUUCCACCGCUGCCAGGCCUGCUGGCGCCAGCACCUCCAGGCCUCUAGGACAUGCCCAGCCUGCUACACGGCCACUAGGAAGCAGAGCCUGUCACAGGUCUUCUGGCGGGGACCCUGGUGA